AUGUCAAACUCUGAGCAUGUCGAGGAAUCCCUUCCUUCAUUCGAUAUCAAUUUGCUCCCAACUGGUGAUCCAGGUAGCGGGUUUAAUUUUGAUCACCGCAACAACCCAAUCACACCCUGGCAGCGCCAACGUAUUUUGCAGCGGAAGGAUGCCUUCAAUAUUCAAUGCAAAUCACUAGACGUAGUCCACGGGAAGUUUGAGCAAGACAAGCCAGGUCUAGCAACGCUACUUGUCUUCAAAUUUUGGUUCGACAAACGGAAACUCGGGCGACGACUCGCCAGUGCUGAUAUUGAAAUUAAAUUCUCGGGCAUGGACCCUGAGGGCAACCGGCCAGAGGUGUAUGCUAUCUCCCCCCAUGAUCGGGCCGCACUCGUUGAGACAAGUAUACAUCAAGAAGACUUCCGUGAAGCCUCUACGCACGCCGAUGCUUCUCUAGCCGGUGCUUCGGCCGGAGGCAACUACAGUUGGAGCAAAACAAUUACCCAAGAUAUAGCGGAUGCCACUACUGUUACAGGCUCGAUCGACCUGAUAGAUGACUACAAUGGCACACCUAAUUGCGCGUCUUGGACACUCCUAGAAAAUGAAACAUGCCAUACUGGUAUCCCCGCCACAUUCCAAGUUGCUAUACUUCUUCUAAGAGACGACAUGGAUCUUUUUCAAUGCACAGUAGAUGUCAAAGCUAGAGCAGACUGGAAGACGAGACUUGAAUGGCUGGUUGGAUCCAAGAGCAAUGAUGACCCAGUUCUCUUCAAACCAGGUCUUCCACCGACAAAUAAUUUGAAAUCAUAUGAUGUAAAUAAUCUUGGGGCAAUCAUUCGAACUGUCUUUUGGGAUGCGGGGUUGGUAGGACCUACGAAGCCCAAAAUCAAUGGGUCAGAGAAUUGA